AUGGACACGGUGCAGAGCGCACAGGUCGCCGACAUGGGAGGAGAGCACUCCUCUGGGGUAUGCGUGGUAGAGCGGGAUCGGGAGAGGGUCGAGGUGUCCAGCCCCUGUCCACCAGCCAAGCAGCGCUCCCUGCGUGUGGUGUACGUUCUGAACGAUGGGCUGAAGUCGGUUAUGGCCAGCAGCCCGGAGUCCGGAGCGCUGCAGUGUCUGCAGAGAGCCUGCGACUCGGAGAGCGCGCUGCUCACCACCGUUACCUUCGGACGGCUUGACUUUGGAGAAACAUCCGUGCUAGAUAGUUUCUACGAUGCAGACAUCGCGGUUGUGGACAUGAGCGAUGUGUUUCGGCAGCCCUCUCUGUUUUAUCAUCUGGGUGUGAGGGAGAGCUUCGACAUGGCCAACAACGUCAUCCUGUACAACGACACUGACCCUGACACUGCCCAGUCACUGAAGGACAUGGUGGCACAGAAAAACACAUCCACUCGUACUCCAGCAUUAGGUUUUCCUUGGGUUCAGUUGCCACCAGAAUACAGAGGCUCUGGAUUGCGCAAUAAAGCAUCCAGUGGUAACUACUACUUCAUCCCCUACAUAGUGACUCCUAACCAUGAGUACAUGUGCUGUGAGAGUGACGCCCAGCGCAGGGCCAGUGAGUACAUGCAGCCCAGCUGGGACAACCUGCUGGGGCCGCUCUGCGUCCCCCUGACUGACCGCUUCACCAGCCUGCUGAAGGACAUCCACGUCACAUCCUGUGCUUCGUUUAAGGACACCCUGCUAAAUGACAUCAGGAAGGCAAGAGAGAAGUACCAGGGAGAGGAGCUGGCCAAGGAGCUUUCCCGUAUCAAACUCCGAAUUGACAACACAGAAGUCCUCACCCAGGACAUCGUCAUGAAUCUGCUCUUUUCUUACAGAGACAUACAAGACUACGAUGCCAUGGUGAAGCUGGUGGAGACUCUAGAGAUGCUGCCGACUUGUGAUCUGGCCACCCAGCCUAUGAUCCAGUUCCACUACGCCUUCGCCCUCAACAGGAGGAACACUCCUGGUGACAGAGAGCAGGCUCUCACUGUGAUGCUGCAGGUGUUGCAGUCGUGUGAACAUCCAGCGCCGGACAUGUUCUGCCUCUGUGGACGGAUAUACAAGGAUAUCUUCCUGGACUCAGACUGCAAAGACACCAUAAACAGGGACAACGCUAUACAGUGGUACAGAAAGGGUUUUGAGCUGCAGCCAACUCUCUACUCAGGUAUCAACCUUGCUGUCCUCCUCAUAGUUGCUGGCCAACAGUUCGAGAGCUCCAUUGAACUGAGAAAAAUAGGUGUGAGGUUGAACAGUCUGCUGGGGCGCAAAGGUUCCCUGGAGAAAAUGAAUAACUACUGGGACGUGGGCCAGUUCUUCACUGUUAGCAUGCUAGCUAACGACAUCUCUAAAGCUACUCAGGCAGCCGAAAAGCUCUUCAAACUCAAGCCGCCUCUCUGGUAUUUGCGUUCAGUGGUGCAGAACCUGCAGCUGAUCCAGAGGUUUAAGAAGCAGACAGUGGAACAUUCUCCUCAGAGGGAGAGACUCAACUUCUGGAUGGACAUCAUCGUCGAGGCCACGCAGGGCACCACCAAUCGACUGCGGUUUCCAGUGUUGAUUCUGGAGCCAACUAAGGUUUACCAGCCCUCCUAUGUGUCCAUUAACAACGAGGCUGAAGAGAAGAACGUCUCUAUUUGGCAUGUUUCUCCCGCCGAAACGAAAGGGAUCCAUGAGUGGACCUUCACUGCAAUGUCGAUCAAAGGCAUUAGCAUCAGUAAGUUUGAUGAGCGGUGCUGCUUCCUCUAUGUCCACGAUAACUCCGAUGACUUCCAGAUCUACUUCUCCACUGAGGAACAGUGCGGUCGGUUCUGCUCCAUGGUGAAAGAGAUGAUAUCAGAUGGUACGGGAAACGCUGUGGAGCUGGAGGGGGAAGGAGACGGAGAUACACUAGAGUAUGAAUACGACACCAAUGAGACAGGGGACAGGGUGGUGUUGGGGCGGGGCACCUAUGGAGUUGUGUAUGCUGGGAGAGACGUCAGCAACCAGGUCCGAAUCGCCAUCAAAGAGAUCCCUGAGAGAGACAGCAGGUACUCCCAGCCCCUUCAUGAAGAGAUUGCCCUUCACAAGUACCUGAAGCACAGGAACAUUGUUCAGUAUUUAGGUUCCGUUUCUGAGAACGGAUACAUCAAGAUCUUCAUGGAACAAGUGCCCGGAGGAAGCCUGUCUGCGUUGCUGCGGUCUAAAUGGGGUCCGCUGAAAGAGGCGACUAUCAUCUUCUACACCAGACAGAUCCUGGAGGGUCUCCGAUACCUGCACGAGAACCAGAUCGUCCACCGAGACAUCAAGGGUGAUAAUGUGUUGGUGAACACCUACAGUGGGGUCUUGAAGAUCUCCGACUUUGGUACCUCCAAGCGGUUGGCAGGAGUCAACCCGUGUACAGAGACAUUCACCGGUACUCUGCAGUAUAUGGCUCCAGAAAUCAUUGAUAAGGGCCCUCGAGGGUACGGGGCCCCGGCUGACAUCUGGUCCCUGGGAUGCACCAUUAUAGAAAUGGCUACUGGGAAACCGCCCUUUCAUGAGCUGGGAGAACCACAGGCGGCCAUGUUUAAGGUGGGCAUGUUUAAGAUCCACCCAGAGAUUCCUGAGUCCUUGUCAUUGGAGGCAAAGUCGUUUAUCUUGCGCUGCUUCGAGCCGGACCCUCACAAGAGAGCCAUCACCUCGGACCUCCUCCGAGACACUUUCGUCAAACACAACGCCAAGGGCAAGAAGAGCAAGAUCGCCUUCAAACCAUUAGACUACAUCCACAACGUUUCGCUGCCGGUGCAGUUGCAGUGCGAGGCCACCGGGAGCAGCAGCAGUGAACAGGGCUCCAUGAGCCCGGACUGCGACUCCAAGCACGACGUUUUCUUCCAGAAGAAGAAAAGCUCCGGCUCUGACAACCUGCUCAAACCCCCCAACUCCAACUACUUAAGUGUUCCAGAUGAGGGUUCGGUGUCGGAGGACCGCAGUGCGCCCCCCUCACCUGAGGACAGGGACAGCGGUCUGUUCCUGCUGAAGAAGGACAGCGAGAGACGGGCCAUUCUGUUCAAGGUCCUCAAUGACGACCAGGCAAAGGUCAUCUCCAACCUCAAGGAGAACCACAUCCAGGGCAGUGAAGAGCUUCAGCUGUCCGUCGAACACAUCAAGCAGAUCAUCUGCAUCCUUCGAGACUUCAUCCAUUCCCCAGAGAGGCGCGUCAUGGCGGCCACCAUCUCCAAGCUCAAGUUGGACCUGGACUUCGACUCCACGUUCAUCAACCAGAUACAGCUGGUGCUCUUUGGCUUCCAGGACUCGGUAAACAAGGUCCUGAGGAACCAUCACAUUAAACCCCACUGGAUGUUUGCUAUGGAUAACAUCAUCCGCCGAGCUGUGCAGGCUGCAAUAACCAUCCUCAUACCAGAGCUGCAGACCCACUUCGGCCCAGCGUCAGAGUGCGAGGGAGCAGAGAAGGAAGACGAAGUGGAUGAGGAGGAAGUAGAGUUUGGUCCAGCUUUAGCUCCUCACGCUGACGACCCUGUGACAACAGUUGACCCCACUCAACCCGCAUCCAGCACGCUAAACUCCACCCACUCCCAGGAGCCUCAGCGCUCGCAUCAUCAACUGGGAGCACAGCUGGGGCGGCUCAAACAGGAGACCAACCGGCUGCUGGACGAGCUCCUGCAAAAGGAGAAGGAGUACCAGCAGGUCCUGAAGGCCACACUGCAGCAGAGAGCACACGACCUGGAGCUGGUCAGAGUCAGACACAGACCACCAGACAUUUCACCUCCCUCCAUCUUCCACACCCCAGCGGACCACGAGCCGGACAAGCAGCUCACCGAUUGGCUGAAAGAGCAGGGGGCAGACGCUGACAGCAUAGAUAAGUUUGUGCUGGAGGAAUACACACUGACCGACAUUCUCAAUGACGUUACCAAAGAUGACCUCCAAUGUCUACGUCUACGGGGUGGAAUCCUCUGCCGUAUCUGGCGGGCCAUCCAGCGGCACCGAGAGCGAGAAAGGCUGAGGGGCAACAAACGCUCGGAAGAUGAUGCAUGAUGGGAUACACGGACUACAACUCUGGAGGACUCUUUUUUUUUUUGGCAGAAACACGCACACAUCUGCACACUACCAGCCCUGCAUGGCUCUCUCUCUCUCUCUCUCUCUCUCUCUCUCUCUCUCUCUCUCUCUCUCUCUCUCUCUCUACAGUGCCUUUUCAUGUUGUAGUCUCUGCGUGACACCGUCACAGAAAAGAACUUCUCUAUCCUUCCCCAUACUGAGCAUUCAUAACAUUGUUUCUGCCUUAUGCCUCCCACACAACUCUGGUGAUGUCUCUUGUUAUCAGCCAGAACUGCUCUAUUCUUCCUCAUACUGAGCAGUCAGAUGAGAAGAAGACAAUUAUUUACUUUGCAGAAGUGGAUUGACAUGUUUAUGUAGGCGCCAAGUACAGACUCUGUUCUCUGUAAACAAGCAUAAUACAAACUCUAAUCACCAACUCUCUUAUCUGUAAUGUAACAUAACUAUAAAUUGUACGCAAAUUAAAUCCAGACAGAAAAACCCCUUGCUUGUUCCCCUGCCUUAAUAUGUAUCUACCAGUUACUUAUUGUAAGACAAGAAGUUUCAAUACUUUCAUCAUUUACUAGAUCAUUAUUCCAAAACUGUGCAAAGAUGGAAUAACCCCGCUCAUAGACAUUAUAAAUUAUUAAUAUAAAAACGUACGACGAAAUAGCUGAAGCAUGCUUUUACUUUCGUACGCAUGUUAUUAAGAUUUCCGUUAUAUUCUUAUUGAAUCAGCUACUAUUUUCUUCUCUCUAGGUACCUGCAUUUAACUGUUUUUUUUAUUGCAACUGUUAUAUGUAUGUGCUUGUCUGUUUCAUUGAUUGCUUUAAAACUGCAAUAAACCUGGA